UCCUCCUAAAUAAAUUAACCAGUUGUAAUCAUUAACCGUUUUGUUUUGCCUGGAACUUAAAGAAGGAGUUAGUGCCAUUUUGUCUCCUGUGUCGGUGCACGACGAAUCUCGGUGCGCAACGAACCAAACUGUACCGCAGAACGUGCCCGGUGCGUCCGCACUUGUCCUUUACCGCUGUGUCCGGAACAAACUGAGAGAAAAUCCUGACGGAGGUGGACUGAACCUACAUCUACACUGACAGUCCGUUUUCUUUUCUCCUCUAGUUUACGACUUUGCGUGCGUCUCAGCUCAGAAGAUAAAACAGAAGCCCACAUCUCAUUCCUCAACAAGAAGGGACAUGGACAUACCAGCCAGCGCUGAAAGAUGUGAAUGGGGAUGUAGAUGAAAAAAUCCAUUCACAUCACAAACUCUACAAAGGGCGCAGAAGGAACAAUCGAACUAAAAAGCACAUGUCAGAUGUUGAACGCCUCAGGUCUGAAGGAAGUCCGUCCAACACGCCCAUGAAUACAACAAAACACUGGGGUUGCUAAUCCAAGGGUGCAUGUGAUCAAAUCAGCAUUCGGCACAUGUAGAUGGAUGAUGCUGAUCCCUCACUCUGGAGGUGUGGAGUGACAGAUGACAGAGGGAUUGGUACAGCAGGAGAGAACGCAAGCAGCAACGUCGGAAAGGGUCACUGCCGCUGGUAAUGGAAAACAGCGGCAAAGGUCAGGUACAUCGAUUGGGAGGCGAGGAGAAAUCAACCUGUUUAUCAACUCUGACCUAAAAGAAGUAAAGCCACAUGCAACACCUCAGCCACAGCAGCAAGAUUUACAGCUGAUUGAUACCCAUCAAACUUAUUUGCAAGAUCUGGCGGUGGGAGCAGACAGCAGGCAGCAACCAUGGAUAUGAAUAAACCAAUCUUCAGCUCUGAAAUAAAAACUCUUAAACAAUCAGUUCCACCAAGGUGUGGAUGUGACUGAACACCACGAACCAAACAACGUUUUGGCUCAUCGUACACCUUGAGAACUUGUCGCCAAUGACUUUUUGGCAAGAUACGGGAGAUUUAAAUCUCAGGGAACAAUUUGAGGCUAUUUGCAGCUAGCAAGACUUUAUUGGAAUACAAUAUAAAUUCAAGAACACUUGUAACUAGUUCCUCCCAAUCUCCUCUUCCCUGUUAUAAGUCUCUAUCAAUGCUGAGCGCAUCUCGCUCUCCAAAUUCUUCUUCCCUCUGCUGGUGAAGAAGAUGAAUUAAAACCUCCACCCUCCAGUAGGGUAAGGGUCUUCUAUUGGGAUGGGCGGCCCAGCAAGGGCUCUUCUUGGGGGUUUCAGCACCACCACUUCUUCCGUGGAGGUUGGAGGUCGGAUGGCUUGGCCAAGCAACAGUCCCCUGGACCUGAACCAAACCCUGUCAUGGGAGAUAGGCCUUGGAGGCAGCGGUGGAGGUGCGGCAGCCAUGAGUGCAGGUCUGGAAAAUUUUACCCAAGAGUCCAUCACCAGGGCGGUGAUGAAAGAGAAAAACUGGCCGGCACUGCUCAUACUUGUCAUCAUCGCACUGACGAUUGGUGGAAACAUCCUAGUGAUCCUAGCAGUGUCACUGGAGAAGAAGCUCCAAAACGCCACCAACUUCUUCCUGAGGUCACUGGCCGUGGCGGACAUGCUUGUAGGCAUCCUGGUAAUGCCAAUCUCGCUCAUCAACAUCCUCUAUGACUACACCUGGCCUCUCCCCAGCGCUCUGUGUCCGAUCUGGAUCUACCUGGACGUGUUGUUCUCCACCGCCUCCAUCAUGCACCUGUGUGCCAUCUCUCUGGACCGAUACGUUGCCAUCCGCAACCCCAUAGAGCACAGCCGAUUCAACUCCAGAACCAAAGCUAUGAUGAAGAUCGCCGCUGUUUGGACCAUAUCUAUAGGUGUGUCGAUGCCUAUCCCAGUUAUAGGCCUCCACAACAAGGACAAGGUCUUCGUCAACGACAGCUGUGUCCUCAACGAGGAACGCUUCGUGCUCAUUGGCUCCUUCGUGGCCUUCUUCAUCCCGCUGGUCAUCAUGGUGGUGACAUACUGCCUCACCAUACAGGUGCUCCAGAGGCAGGCCACUGUCUUCCUGUACGAGGCAAAGACUUCCUCCAAGCAGCCUUUGCACACACCAGCAAUGACAAAUACAUUGCAACUUCCUCAGAUCACACUUGCCCCUUCAGACUCACAAGAGUUAAAGCCCCCGCCUCCUCAGAGCAGACGAAACACCUUGAGCUGUCUGAAAGGAGCAGAGCCCAGCAUACUGCUCAGCGUCAAGACGCCAGACAGCAUAAGUAUCAUUCCCAGCUCUGAGGUGGCGUCUCAGCUCAGCUCGCCAGCUGCGGGGCAAACGCGGAGCGACACAUCGGGUUGCCAUGGCCGACGGGGGAUGAUGCAGGCCAUAAAAAAUGAGAGGCGGGCCUCCAAGGUCCUGGGAAUUGUCUUUUUCCUCUUCCUCAUCAUGUGGUGUCCCUUCUUCAUCACCAAUGUCACUUUCGUCCUGUGCCGGGGCUCCUGCAAUGUGCCGCUGCUUCAUGACCUCCUCAACGUCUUUGUCUGGGUGGGCUACAUCUCCUCCGGAGUCAACCCUCUGGUUUACACCCUCUUCAAUAAGACCUACAGGAGAGCAUUCUCCAACUACAUAAGGUGCCAGUACAAUAUGGGGGCCAACGCAGCUGGACAGAGUUGCAAAACACUCCUCGUCCCCCCGCCGUGUCCGUCACACAGUGUGACCCCACUUCUGAUGGGCAGUCAUGGGAAAGCAGGCAUGGACCGCAAUAGUAACUGUCGCAACGGUGGUAGGGGCGAUAACGGUAGGCUGACGGUGGACCCAGAUGACAUGACAGAUGACGAGACACAAAUUGGAAUAGUGUCGCAGAGCCUCUCCGAAUGCCACAACAUUGGUAUGCCUUCAGAAAUGGAGCCGGAAACUGAGGUGGAGCGGGAGCUGUCACUCAUCAGCUACAGCCCCGCCUCCAGAGAACACACAAGCAGCGUGUGAUUACAUGCUUUUUGUUGUUUUAUGUCUUCUUUUCAACCUGCAGAUGCUGGGCCGAGCAGCGUUUCAGUGAGCUGGUGCUGGUAGCCUACAGCAUUUUGAUUGCUGUAAGUGGGUACUGCUAUUGUGAAAGGACUAGUCUUGUUUGAGGAGCUUUAUCCCCACACUGAAGUGCACUACUUACAAUAAUGAAAAUAAUGUUAGUGAAAUCAGAUUAUGAGAGAAGGUAGCCCCUAAGAUGACUGAGUGUGUGUGGUUUUCCACCACGGUUUUGGAGUGAAAGCCAAUAUUUCAGACGUGUUUAUUUUCUAAUCGGUGUCAAAAUGUUGGUUUUCAGACCUCACAUGGAGAAUAAAUGCAUUUGUUAAGGUGUUGCUGUCACACAAUGUGGUGUACUUUAUGGGGAAGACGGUACCAGCUGAGAUCCAGACAGGGACAAAGCCCACAUGAUAAGGGACACUCAGUGAAGAGCUUAUUCUCAUUGUUAACCUGGUAGGGAGUCAAGAGGCGCCCGAUGGAGUCCCACUGAUGCAGGUUCCAGAGUCAAGCACCAACCGCUGAGGUCAACGGAGUCAAACUAGGACUUCAAGCCUUCACACAGUCAAAAUGCAGUCCGAGCUCUGGUUUAUGUGGAUUCUCUCCACACCAAGCAAACUAAACCAAAUCUAUUUUUGUGCCGGUCAAGCUUGACGACAACAGUCAUAGAAUAUAUCUGAAUGAACCUUUCCAGCAUGUAUAAUCAAACUAUUCAGCCGACAAAAAUGGGAUUUUUCGCUAAAGGAAACUUUCUCAAGGCUGCAGUCAAAAAUUUGUCUGAGAGGACCGAGAUGAAGGAAUGUGCAGGGACCACUGGUCUCUGGUGGACUCACAGUGCCAUCUGGUGGUCGAAUGACACAGAGAAGAUGUUUCCCAGGGAUUGAAUAAGGGGCUAAAAGAGCUCAAAACAUGGCGCAGGUCCAACACAACUGUCAGGCUAUUGCUUCUGUUGACCAAUGCAACCACUUAUGAAAGAAUUAAAUUCCCAACUUCUAAAGGUUUUCUCUUUUUUUUUACUGAUAACAAUCAAUAAAGUUUAAAAUAAAAGUGAGUAAUCUAAAAGUAAUAAAGAAAAAUAUAGUAUGAAGUUUUUAAUAUAAGGGUGCACAAACUUAACGUAAGAUGUCAUUCUUAAAUCAGCCACAGCUUGCUAUCAUUAGCUUCAUUACUGAGCUACCACUGUCUUCUAUUCAGCCUCAAAAAACAAUAAAAAAAAUAACUCAACUCAUCUUCCUUAGCUGGGAUCAAAUCCCACUUUUUUUCCCCAAAUGGUGGAAUGUUGUGGAUGGGCAAUCAUAUUAUUUAGGUAAAAUAUUAGUAGUAGAAGUUCAUAUCAUGAAAGCAACACUAUCUUUCCAUAAAAUAGACAAAUAACAUUUGAUUGAUCAGCUCUUACCAGCUCUUACUUUUUGAUGUGGUUUCACCACAUGCAGUAAAUCAAUUUCAGCGAUGAAGAGAGAAGAGAGAGAGGUUUAAAGCCCAUUGCUUGGCUGGCUGACUGAAUAUUACCCACAUUUAAUAAAUGGCUGCACAAUCCAGUAUAUGCAUCUUUGUGAUUGUUGUCCUACUUAAUAAACAUAUCAUAUUAUCAAAUGACAUAUCAGAAUAUUCAUGUUAUCUGAGGGCAUAAGUGUGGGCUGUUUGAGAUUCAGAGCAUCAACUCUGAGAGACACAAAAAAAAGAAGUUCUACUUUUCAAGAGAUGAAGUAUUUUUAUUCAAGGUCAGUCUUUAGAUCAGUGCUUUUCUCUCCAGAAAAAAACCCUCAGCAGCAUGAUUUCCAGUUAUGCAGCUGGACAGACGGAACGUUUAAGAUUUAAUUUCAGCUCUGAGCGUUGGAUUUAAAUUAGCUCCUUGUUACAUGUAAGGUCUGAUGAUGUUUUCAGGAUGCCAGUAUCUCCUGGAAUUGCCCGAUGGUUCCAAACCCUAAAUAAGACUCUUUGAUCUCUGACUGCUUUACAAUAUGCCCGUCCUGACUCACCAUAACCCAGAGUGUGACUCAAAGACCAAAUACCUUUAGAUUUCAUCUGUCGCAUAAGAUGGACAGAAAGUCAAUACUCUAAGAGACAGACCCUUGACUCUAUCAAGACAAGACACCAACCCUCACAGCUCUGGCAUGUUGAUUUUCUUAACCUCCCUCCUCCAACAUUUCAUGGACUGACAGGCGGUGUAAUUCCUCCACACUACAUCCCCAUCAGCUGAAAUAUCUGCAAUAUACUGCCUAGAUUAAAUGUUGUGUUGAUUUUAAAGGGAACAGGUCGUGGUGGUAAAUUUAGAUUUCUUAGCAACAAAUUCACCUCUUAUGAGACAAUGUAACCUGAAUCUCGUAGGCAUUUAGUGAUUUGCUUUGUAGGUUUAUUAAUUCAGUAGAGCUAAAUGGUUGCACUAUAAAGGAAAUGCAUUGAGAAAAGUAACAUUUUAAGAGAUCACUUAAAGGGGGACUCUGGCAGUUUUACACAUCAGGUUCAGUUUACUUGAGCAAAAUAUAAAUAACCCAGAUUAUGUCAUAGUGAUGUCACCAGGGUAAUCUUGGUUUGGGCUUGGGACAUUUUGCAACAGAAUGUCUUAAGUUUUAAAACUACAGGUCUAAAAGAUGCGGGCAUUUAGGAGGCAGUGGGUCUAAUGAAAGAUGUUCUUGAGUUGCAUAAUUGGAAUUGUAGUGUUUUUGCAGAUUGACCCUAACCCCAAAAGUCAGGGUAUCUCAUCAUGUGCUUCUUCGCUUUUGAUCUCUGUUUAAUUAGUGUGUUUUAAUCCUGCAAGUUCAUGGACAUGUGCAAUACUAAAUGGCUGGAGUACCCCUUUAAAUGCCAAAAAUAAAUAAAUACUGAAUGACACACCGUUAAUUACUGAGUUUUCCUUCCAGCCUAGCUGUUAUUUUAUCAAAGCAGAUGUCACUUUCCCCUGUAAUCAAUAUCUCAUUUUGGUAAUAAUCCACUCAGUCAUAGGACAGCCAAAAUUACAAACACUUGAAUGUACAACCCUUUUUUUUACCCAUAAUUCCUCCUUCAAGGUCAAAGAGCAAAGGAUAAAGCCUGUAGUUGGACCAAUCGAAUCCAGAGCCUGAGGUCUGCAGCCACCUCUGCAUACAAUUAGAAUGAAACAAAUGAACUGGGAUCAUUCUGAUUUUAUGCGUCUCUGCAUAAUUUAUCCAGUAUUUGUAUGCUACAGACUUAUACAGUGGUCAUUUGCAUCACUUUUCUCUCCACAAGGAGAGGUCUACAUGAGCUAAUGUUGGCAAGCUGGCACCAAAGUUUGGCCUACAAAUAUGGUGCAUGUUUGAAGUGAUGUUCAAAAAGUCCUCUCUCUGCCUCACUCGGUUUGAUUUUGCUCUUUCUUUAAUAGUUGGGAGUAAUGAAACAGCACAGGGAGGAAAGAAAGAACAGACAAGGAGCAAUCAACAAAAUGCUAUACUUGCAAACAGCGUGCAAUACCUGCAGGCAUAUCAUCUUUAUCAAACUGCAAAAUUCAAACAUAAACAAGAGAAAAACAGAAGAACAAAUAGAGAAGAGAGGACUCUCUGAACUAUGUUGAACGGGUCUUAUUUGAUCCAUCCAGGUGUGAGAAGGCAAAGAGCUACAGCCAGGCCAGCCAACUCAGUAUGUCGAGAUGUAAUAACUAUAUGUUUCCCGUGUACCCGUGUGUGUGUACCAGGCCUAGCUCAGAUUGCUAUCUGAGAUUGAUUCAGUAACUUUUCUGUGUUUUUAUUGAUUGCGUCCGGCACAAUGGAUUGAAUCAGGUUGUCCCUGCAGACGCUCGAGGUCCAGACAGAUGAAAGCAAUCACUCAGAGAGAGUAUCUGGAACGAUUUCAACUCAUGAUUCGAUCCAGGCCUGGUGUGUAUAGAAAUAGUUGGAGCCAUUUAUUGACAGAGUUUCGCUUUCAUACAUUUAAAGAGGGCCGAUUUGGGCUUCUUUCCCAGUUUUCUGUUGGAACUAUUUAUUUGCCAGGAGUAGUGAAUUCCAACAUAAAAGCGUCUGUAAAACCUUAACUUGUCAUUUUUACACUUUGAUUUUCCUGCAAAUUAAACAAACAAGAUAUAACAUGUUUAUUAUUAAGCUUUAACGGGGCUGGUAGGUAGUUUUUGUUUAACUUUUGGUCAGAGCCAGACUAGCUGUUUCCCGCUCUUCCUUGUCUUUAUGCUAUUCUAAGCUAACCAACUGUUUACAUGUUUAGUGCACAGACAUGAAAGUGGUAUCAAUCUUCUCAUCAAACUCGCAGCAAGAAAGCAAA